ACAAGAGACAGAAUGCUGCUUUGGAGCUGCUGGAAUCUGAGAGAGUGUAUGUGUCCUACCUGUCAUUAUUGCUAAAGGCCAAUAUUCAUUUUAAUGGAUCAGAAGCAAUACGUGCCAAAGAUAAAAGACCCUUCCCCAGUUCUCUGAAAUUCCUUAUACAACAACAUCUGAAUUUGCUUCACAUUCUGCAAGACCGAGUCUUGAAAUGCCAGUGGCAAGGCAUCAUGGGGGAUAUAUUUAUGAAGUUAACAAGCAAGGAGAGUGAAUUCCUUGAUUACUAUAAUGCAUAUCUGAACGAGUUGCCUGAAUGUCUUUCUGUUGUGAACAUGUACUGCUCCAGCUCCUGCAAAACCACAAGCCUUUUUGAGGGAGAGGUCUCAAGGGAGGAGCAUCAACCUUCCCUACACUCCCUGCUCCUUCAGCCAGUGCAGCGUAUCCCAGAAUACCUUUCACUAUUACAGAACUUGUUGAGACACACUGAUCCAGAGCACCCUGAUUACUACUUGUUACUGAUCUGUAUCCAGCAGCUCCAAUCCUUCGUGUCCCAGAGCAGUCAGCUGCUUCAGUAUAAUGAAGCCUUGUUGACUCAGGACAGGAAAGACUUAAAGAGGUCUUCAUUAAAACAGCUUUGCAAGUCUACUGACUGCUCCAGGGACUGGGGAGUUCAGUCUGAAGAGAUAGGACCCACAUUCACUCCUAGCUCUGCAGUAAUACCAAGGAUAACCCAGGUAAAGAGAAGCAAGCAAAAGUUAUUGGAACAAAUCCAAUGCACAAGACCACAUGACUGGCUGUCAGACAGCAGGAAGUACGACAAAGGAGAGAGUCUCAACCAAGAGGCACUUUACAGCCCUGACAUUGAACAGAGAUUGAGAUUGCUCACUCUGCAGGUUAUCUCCGAGACUGAGCUAGAGAGUGGUUCCCUGGAGCACCUGCCCUGCAAGAAAUCCCCCUGCAGCCCCCUUGGUGCCCUCCAGGCCAGCAGCAAGAGUAUUUCCGACUACGACAGCUUCUUGCUCCAGGAGGAACCGCUGGGCCUGGAGAGCCUGUGUGAAGAAGACGGGGAUUCUCUCCAGAAUGCGUCUCUCUUUGAUAACUGCUCCACUGCCUCCUCGGACUCCAGCCUGGACAUCGCCUUCAUCAGCACCAAGAACUACACCAGCGGGUCCUGCGUGCUGGGCUGUCAGCUGUCAGGGAGGACCCUUUUCUCUCCAGAGGACCCAGGCCUCUACAGGCACAUGGAUGUCCAGGCUGUUCAGAGGAAAAGCAAGUCACUGAACAGCCUCCAGCUAGACAGCACCUGCACCGCAUCUGAUGCUGACAACUUCAAGACCGCACCUGGUAACAGCCCACAGAGUAACAACAGUGGAGGCAGCCAGCACAUCAAGCUGGAGACGCCUGCCCCCAAGGGGCCUGCUGCACGAAAACCCCAGAGAAGCCUCAACCCCCCUCAGAAACGGGAGACCAAAAACCGAGCAGCUGCAGAAGAAGAAUCGUCAAGGGGGGAAUCAGACAAGGUAAAUAGUUCUCGCUCCCAAAAUGUUGGUUAUUAUUUUUUGUUAUAGGCUUAUAGAUUUACUU